AUGGGCAAACACCUCUGCCGGGCCCGGCCAGGGCUGUUCGUCGGCCUCCUGCUGGCAGCCCUCGCCCUGUGCGUGCGCACCACCGAGGAUGAAGCCGGCUCGAAUACGAGACGGCUCGAGUUGGAUACGCAGGUGGGCGAACAGCCUGAAGUCACGUCCUCCAAAGUCGCGGCCCCUAGUGAGCUGAGCCUGUGUGAGCAGUCUUUCUUGAGCACCUUUAUUCCAUGUCAGGAGGAACGCCUCAAGAGUACUUUUCAAGGUGAAACGGCAAACGCGGACCCCAGCCAUGCGCGAACCUUUGCCCUCUGUCUGGUCCACUGCGUGAAGCAGUUUGCCGCUUGUGCUGGUGGCCACAGCCUCCCUUCGCUUGAUCGCAUUGUUCAAGUCAUCAAGAUUGAUGCUCAGCGCCGUGAAUUGGACCCGCGGACCCUUUAUGAAAUGGGCCUCUUCCAAAGCACCCCCCUCGAUGUCGUGAGUCCCGCACUGCCCGGUUGCAGCCCUUCGCCCUGGCACCCCGACCCAACAGCAAGACACCAAACGGCUGCUGCCUCAAGCAUGUUUUUCCAUCAGGCAGCCCCGGCGGAUGUUCGGCGCAUGAUCCGUGCAGCUAAUGACCGCAAGCUACAAACUGCGCGAGAAGCCGGGCGUGAUAUUCUUGUCCGCCGCGCUGAUGCUGAUGCCCUGGCCCUCCUAACGGCCUACCGCAAGGUCGUCAAUCAACAACGCGUCGAUGAUAUGCGCGCCGCCAUUCAGGCUGAUGGACAAGAAGCUUUGGUCGUUGACGAGGUUUUUGAAGUCGACAUUUAUUUUGAAAUAGUCAUGCCCAUCGUGCCCUGGUUAUUCUCAGCCUCCCGUCAAAAUACCACCAAAAAUGAAGAGGAUGCCUCCAUCACACUUCAGCCGGCUGCCCCGGUAUCCCAUGAGCAAAGCGUUGCGGAUAGCCGCUUGCCUUCCGUACCAGAGCUACUGCACAAGGUGCAAGAUACGCAGAGUCAACUGAUGAUGGCACGCGAUGAGAUGCAAGCCAUGGACCGGGGCCGAGAGCAGCUUGAGCAGCAGUUGCGAGCACGUGAGGGGAUGGUGGCGAGCUUGGAAAAGCGCUGCACCAAAUUAGCCCAGCAGGCCCGAGACCGCUCGGAGACAGUGGAGCAACUUGAAGGCGUGGUUCGAGAUCGAAAGCAACAGCUACACGAACGCGGUCAAGAGGUGGCGCGCUGCCAGGCCCUAGUCUCGCAGCUACGCCGUGAUCUAGCCCAAAAGGAUCAGCUCCUGCAAGAUGCUCUGCGUGCCACGGAUGAACUCCAAUCACGUCUGGACGUGGGUGGGCUCGUGCAUGCUUUCCCAACCACUGGUACCCUGUCCCUGGACCGACUACAAGCGCAAAGGACAGAGCUGCAUGAAGCUUUGCAUAAGACAGAGGACUUGAUUUUACAGGCAAAAUUGGCAGAGAAGGUCAAGCAGGUUGUGCGGCACUUUGAGACGGAGCGCCAGGAGGAGCAGGCGUGUCGCAUCUGCUUACAUCACCAGAUCAACGUGGCCCUCCAGCCUUGUGGCCAUCUGGCUGUUUGCCAACAGUGCGCCGAGUUGUUGCCCGACGCGCUCUGCCCCAUGUGCCGCGCCGUUGUGGAGUCGACCGUGGAUGUGUACUACGCAUAG